AUAAACAUUUUGCGAGCCAGCGUAGAAUUGGAUUGGAUAAUAGACUAACCUUUGUGUGAACCUAUCCUGGCGUAUUAUUUAAGGUAGAUAUAAAAGCAUGUUGGUUUAGUACAUGUUCCUGAAGCAACGACAGCAAGUUUUCCAUCAUCUAGUUUGAUAGUAUUUACGGAGUUAAAAUGAGAUCAAACCGUCUAUUGAAAGGGCCUUGAUAGUAUGUGUGCAGUUAAAGGACUUGAUAAGAUGUACGGAGUUUAAGCGACAUAAAGUCUUCUAUUGAAAAUUAUAACAAGUGAACUGUCGUAUAGAUCAGCCGAAUGCUUAUAACAGGUGGUGAACUGUUGUGCAGUAAAACAACCAUAUAUAACAAAUGGACUGUGGUAUAAACUACCAUAUAAUUGUAAUUAAGUGAAUUGUCGUAUAAUAAAACAACAGUAAUUAUAACAAGUGAACUGUGGUAUAAAGCAAAUAUGUACGUUCAACAUAAACUUGAUCUAAUCUGUGCAUUCUUUAAUAACUCAAUAACCAUAAUGUGUGAACGUGAUUUUAGCUUCCCGACGUGGUUUCCUCGAGUCAGUGGUGCAGGACGCAGGGCCUGACAAGGAAAGCUGUGUAGUCAUUCGGAUGAGACGAAAAAACGAGGUCCCGUGUAUACAUUGGCGUGCACGUAAAAGAUCCCUUGGCAGUUGGAAUUCGAUAUAAGAGUAAGCCAUAGCACACUGCAUGGCGUACGCCCGUCUUUAUUAACCCAGUCGGAGCAGAACAGUAGGACGUUCAACACCAAUUCAUUUCUGAUUUUAACAAGGACUUUGUCUAACUGUGUUGUACAUAUCAGUAAAGAUGGCGGAAGGGGGUGAUGACACACAUAGAUGUACCAUUUGUUUAGAGGACUUCACUAAACCUAAAAUACUUCCUUGCUUUCACACGUUUUGUGAACAUUGCCUAGAGAGUCAUAUAGCAUCACAAAUAUAUGAUCUAAAUAGGUUUAGAUGUCCCAAUUGCAGAACGGAGAUUCGCGUACCCUUUGGUGGUGCAAGUAAAUUCUCCACAAACUUUUACAUCCAGCCGAAUGAUAAAACACAAAAGUAUUUCUGUCCGAGACACAAGACAAAAGAAAUAGAAUUUUAUUGUCUCGAUUGUCACGUUACUAUGUGUUGUAGUUGUCUUUUACUGGAGCAUACAACGCACUCAAAAACAGAUCUUACAGAAAUUGACCAAGACGUCAGAGAACAGUUAAACAUUUCAAAAAAGAAGAUCGAAGCGAAGAUCCAUGAACUCGAUCAACACUGUGAAUCUUUAACCAGUCAAAUAUUUGAUAUCAAGAACCAAGCUAAAACAGCAUGCGCUAAUGUCGAUAAACAGGUGAAAAGAGUUUGUGAAGAAGUUAAAAAACAUGGCGGUGAUAUAAAAUUUGAGAUAAAUAAAAUUCGCGAAGAGGAAACUAACAAGUUUCAGACCUUACAUGACGAUGUUAUCAGAAUCAGAAGUUCGCUACAGAAAAGUCUUAAUUAUAUGACUGAAGUGUUAAGUCGUAAAUCUACAUUUCCAGUUGUAGAUGCGUUAACCAAUGCCCAAACAUUAACUGAAAACAGCAGACCAACCAAUUUAGAUUUACCCACAGCGAUAUAUGUUCAUUACCCUAUGGUGGAGAUAGAUGUUGAAACUUUAAAACAAGUACUGGGUGAUGAGUUGAAAACCAUUAAGUCGCGUACCUGGACGUCUACUUUUGGUUUGGAUCAGAUAGUAACGACUGACGUGAACUACGAUAGUGAUGACGUCAUUAUUCACGGGAUGCCAUGGUCUAUUUGUGUAAAACGUCAUACUGCUAACUCCACAUUAGGGAUUUACAUGCAUCUAAAUGGGGUAGACGGUAAUAAAACAGUUUCAGCUAGUUUUAUACUAAAACUAUUAAAUAUAAACGAUGUAAGAAAAUCUUUAGUGAGACAAUAUUCAUCGGUGUUUACUUCCGGUGGUGAGGGUUACGGCGAAGAUUUUAUUAGCUGGGAAAAGCUACGGAACAGAAAGAAUGGGUUUAUUGACAAAAAGAACAGAUUUACUAUUCAUGCUACUGUUAAAAUAAUGUUAUGAAAUGAAUACUUUGUUUAGCUUGAGACUAUUUGGACAUUCUACGUGUUUUUAAUUAUUAUUUUGUCGUUUGUGAUUCAGAGAGCUUUAAAGAGAUAUUUAAAUCAGCUCUAUCAAGAACCUAACACACUCACUCCCCCGUCGCGUACAUGCUGUAACCGGGCCCUUAUUCACGAAAACUAAGAUACAAUCGAAAUUUUAAGAAAUACUGCAAUUCGAUUGGCUGACCAGUAAACUCAAUUUGCAUAUAUCCAAUGAAGUUGCGGUAUUUCUUAAAAUUUCGAUUGUAACUUAGUUUAAGUUUUCGUGAAUAAGGGCCCAGGCCCUGCGACGUACAGAUUCAGAUUCGGAUUGAGCCAUUACAAGUACUUAAUUUUCAGCAUUGUCCUGUAGGAUACGAGUUUUUUUGCUCAUUACAAAAUGGCACCCGAAUCCAUAGAGUUCACUGUGUCUAAAAUAUUGGAUAUUAGGAUCCCACAUUACAACAUCAAUAUUGAUUGAAAUGGACCAAUAUUGAAUUCUAAUUCGUGUGUUUAAUAUUUGAAUAUUAUGGAAAAUAAUGAGUAAGAGAUUUAGCCCCUUUAAGACGGUAGGAUAUUAUAAACUAUAGUCUUUCUUUAGGCCCGAAAUGUUAUCUAAAUUAUUAAUUAGACAUUAAUUAACCUAUCCAGGCCAUAAUCAACUCUAGAUGGCAGCGCUAGCCUGCGAUCUUUAGUGGAUUGUAAGCCGAUUUACUGCAUAACUUUCUUUCUCUAUUAAACGAUUAAAUGGCUAAUCGAGACUAUGCUGUUUAUCGUACUGACUUUAGUAAUGAUGAUUGAGGCAUAUGGGAAUUUCAUUCGCUUAGUUCUCGGUUCAUAGUGGAUCAAUUUGAAUGAAAUUUUCACCAAAUUGCCUUUAUAUUAUCUAGUUUUUAACUAUUAUAGUGCGAACUGCCAACUCGUUACCGAAUCUCCCAUAAUGUAUCUUUAAGCUUUAUUAGGCUGUCUAUCUACAAUUAGCUCCGCUUGAGAACAGAUACAAAGCUAGUUAACCGACAUUUUAAGUCCUAAAUCGACGAUUUUAGUCAGAAACACUGAGUUAUAUUUAUAUCACGGCUUUCAUGAGUUAACAGGUUUAAACAUCGAGGCCUUAGGUCGAGAUGUUAAACCUGUUAACGAAUGAAGCGUGCUAUAAAUGACUUGUAAUAUUGAAACCUGCUCAACAUGCUUGUUGUUAUUGCACAGAAAAUCCACCCCCACUUCUCUAUAUUUCUACUAAAACUAAUGUAAACCAGCAAAAGAAUGCAAUAACAUUGAACAUGCCUAGUUGUUGCACGGUUAAGCUCCACCCAAUCUACUAUAGGGAAAACAAUCUGCUUAUUCAACAAAAAGAACAAAGGAAGAUUUCCGUCCAUGUUACAAAUAUACUUCAAGGAUUUUUUUUUUUUAGUAUUUAUUCUGCUUUCAUUUAAU